AUGUCGCUUGGUUCGACUUCUCAAAGUUCAUUAAACUCCUCUUUGAGAACGGGCUCAAGGUCGUCUAAAUCUGAUACGUUGUUUUUCAACUUUACGACGCUUUCUUUUCCCUCAAGUAAAACACAUAUUGUUACUAUUGAACUUGGGGCAAAAUUAUCGGCAAGAAGUCAACUUAAUACCACAAGGAGGGUCAAGUUCAAUACUUUUGCGAACUUUGGGGCUGGAUAUCGACGUUAG